AUGCGCUCUGGCAGCUUCGAUUCCCACCGUGUGCCUGUGGAGCGCCGUUACAGCGACUUUUCCCACUUCCACCACAAACUGCUGGAGGAGUUUGAGGAGGAGCUGGAGGAUGUAGUUCUCCCCCGAAAACACCUGAGCGGGAACUUCAGCCCUGAAAUAAUCUCAGAGCGUCGCCUUGGCCUCCAGGACUACCUGGCUAAACUUUACAGUGUUCGCUGCGUUCGGCAUUCUCCUCAUUUCGCCAAGUUCUUCACUGAGCAGGAGCAGAAACGAGCACAUGAUCUGUUGCGAGCGGGACAGUUUAAGCCUGCUGUGGAGCAGCUGAAGAAUGUGUUAGAGGUGGAGGAGAAGUUGUUACCUUGGCAGAACCCCACCCUGAUUGUACCCACCCUCUCCGCCCUUGCAAUCUGUUACCGGGACCUGGAGGAACCAGAAAAGGCCUCUGCUGCUGCUCAGAGAGCCUUGCCUCCAGUGAGACGCUACGGACUUAAAAACUACAGAGCUGCACUGCUGGAUCUGCUGGUGGAUCUGGGUUAUCAGCUGGGACGUCCUGUCGCUCAGUUACAGGAGGAGCUGACUGUCCUAAGGGAUGCUGAGAGGGGUGAGGUGUCCCCUCGCUCUCUGAAAGAGUUAGUGGUCCAACAGUUCCCGAGUCUCUGA